AUGCAUACCUCCGCUGCCUGGAUUCUUGAAGGCCAGGAUGGUCUCGGGAGUCUCAAACUCAUCCAUGAUAAGCCUGCGCCUUCCCUGGGCGACUACGAUGUCUUGUUGCACAUUCACGCGGCAUCGCUCAAUCAUCGCGAUCUGGCUAUAGCUAAGGGUGCUCACUCUCUUGUCAUCAAACCUAACGUGGUCGCCGCAUCCGACGGCGCCGGCAUUGUGGAAGCCGUCGGCCCCCUGGUGCAGAGCUUCCAGCCCGGGGACCGAGUCUGCACGUACAUGGUACCGCACCAGCCCGAGUCCGAGCCGGUCACGUUCGCGGACAUCGGCGCCGGGCUGGGCCAGCAAGUGGACGGGACGCUGCGGCCGCACGCCGUGUACCACGAGACGGCGCUGGUGAAGAUGCCGGCGAGCUUAUCCUUUGUGGAAGCGAGCACGUUGACGUGCGCGGCACUGACGGCCUGGAACGCGCUGUUCGGGCUCGCGGCGCGGGCGCCGAAGAAGGGAGAUGUGGUGCUAGUGCAGGGGACGGGUGGGGUGUCAGUUAUUGCUUUGCAGGUGCCCGGCGCCACCGUCAUCGCCACGACCAGCUCCAAGGCCAAAGCGCAGCGUCUCCAGGCCCUCGGCGCCCACCAUGUGCUCAAUUACCGGCGCAACCCCAAAUGGGGCGAGACGGCGCGGGCGCUGACGCCCGACGGGAAGGGGGUGCAUCUUGUCGUCGAUGUCGGGGGUCUGUCGACGGCCAGUCAGUCGCUGAAGGCCAUCCGGCCCGAGGGGAUGAUUGCUAUGACGGGCUUGCUGGGCGGGCCUCCUCCCGGUGAGAAUGUCAACACGCUGGUUGACUGUUUGAUGAACUUGUGUACCGUGCGCGGGGUUCUGUUAGGUACACGCCGGCAAUUCGAGGAGAUGAAUCGCUUUAUCGAAGAGCAUGGCAUCCGGCCGGCGAUCGAUGAGAGGGUGUUCGGGUUCGCGGAGGUGAGAGAGGCGUAUGAGUAUAUGGAGGAGCAGAAGCAUUUCUCCAAGGUUUGCGUGAGGGUGGAAUGAGUGAUUCGUAUAUAGUGGUGGCGUUCGCAUGCGUAGAUGAAUUGUACUGCCAGUACAUGAAGGAGUAGUUUGGAAAAAAAAGGUAGUCGACAAAAGUCACUUGUGCAACCUUCCCCUCAAUGACGUUGAUUUCUCUCCGCAGCGGUGGUGGCCAGUUCCUUCUUCCCCCCUUCUUUUCCACACAUCCCAGAACAUACGAAGAAGUUCUUUGACUACUGUCUACUCUCUGGUUUGGUCUGACAAAGGAAGCAUAAAGCCACCGCCACACAAGAGACGUCAUUCCACACAAGAGCUGUGUGGUGUUAUCUUUGCAUAAAUUGUACUCCUUCCCCUCUUCUCUGAACCAUUUAAACGCUCUCCAACUCCCAGACAACUCCACAAUCA